AUGUCCCAGGAUGUGCGCAGCACCCUGCUGCAAACCACACAACAUCAGGUCCGAUGUCAUGCAUACAAGCUCAUGGGCAGUGCUGGUUUCGGCCCCUCGGUACGGGCUGCGAAGGGCGCAUGCGCUGGCGAGACAAGCAACGAGCUCGCCAUUGCUGAAGAUGGCCGUUGA